AUGAUUCACAGUAUGCAUUUCGUCCUCCUUAUAUCAGGACUCUUCAUGCUGUCUGCAUGUGUUCCUCGUCAGUAUCACUUUGUGACUGAGUUAAAGACCUGGACUGAAGCACAGACAUACUGCAGACAGCACUACACUGACCUGGCCACUAUUGACAACCAAGAGGACACAGAUGAGCUGAUUAACACUGUUAAAGGAGAUGUUGAGCGUGUUUGGAUUGGACUGGAGAAGAGUGGUGAUAUGAGGUGGCAGUGGUCUCUGGGAGAUCCAGCAUUCUACAGAGAGGGAGAAAUGGAGUUUAGACAGUGGGAUCACAAUCAACCAGAUGAUACUAAAGAUUGUGUGUGGAUGCAGAAAGGGAAAUGGCAUGACGAUGAUUGUACAUAUAAUUACGUCUUCCUCUGCUAUGAUGAAAACUCAGAUAAGAAAUACAUACUGAUCAAUGAAAGGAGAACCUGGAGAAAAGCUCAGAGCUACUGCAGAGAACAUCAUACAGACCUGGUCAGUGUGAGGAACCAGACUGAGAAUGACAUGAUAUGGAAUUCAGUGAAGUUGGAGAACCAGCGUACAGGGUGGGGCGGAGAGACACGUGGGGACAGCGGAGAAGAUGGUCGUGAUGUGGCCUGGAUCGGCCUGUUCAGAGACUCCUGGAGAUGGUCAGAUCGGAGUAACUCCUCGUUCAGAUACUGGAAAUCAGAGGUGCCUGAUAAUGAUGGAGGUAAUGAAAAUUGUGCUGUGGUUUGGCUGAAUAAUAAGAAAUACUGGGGCGACAGAGGAUGUUCAGAGAGAAAUAAAUUUGUCUGUUAUGAAGACAAACUGAUCCUGAUCAAUGAGUCUCUGACCUGGGGUGAAGCUCUGAAUUACUGCAGAGAGCAUCAUGUGGACCUGGUCUCAGUUCACUCAGAGAAGAUCCAGAACAAGGUGAAAGCGGUGGUUGAAAAGGCCUCCACUGCUAAUGUGUGGCUGGGCUUACGUUACAGCUGCACUCUGGGCUUCUGGUUUUGGGUGAGUGGAGAAUCUUCCUGCUACCAGAACUGGGCUCCAGGGAAUGGAACUGUGGUGGAGGAGUGUGUAAAUGAAGGAAGAACUGGAGCGGUUGAGUCUGGAGGAAACAAAAAAUGGAUCAGCCUUCCUGAGAAUACCAGACUGAACUUCAUCUGCAGCAACUAUAAAGAAGUCUGA